CGUCACGCGCGGGGCGGGGUUGUUUAAAGCCACACUUCCACACGCGCUGAGUGAGCAGAGUGUGUCCACGCCGGUGUUAGCAAACAGCAGCUCCACAGCAGAUCUAGCUUUAAGUAUCGUGAUCUAACAAGUUCUUUAAGGUGCAGAACAACAGACAACACCCCGCAACUGACUCUAACACGUAAAGUCAAAACAUGGAGGCUCAGUAGAGGCUAAAAGCCGCUGAGUGGAUCUGAAGCACAUGGACUUUUAGGAGCUUACAUCUCAUCUAGUGCAGUUUUCACUAAACGCUCCCCUAGUGAGUAUCCACAUCUUCCUGUGACAAGCAGACAUGGCAGGCAAGGGUCGAGGAGUCGCUGCCUUCACCUUCAACAUCGAGGCUCUGGGCAUCGGAAGGGGCAGCAUGCCAGACGCCAGGGUGGGGCCCAGUCCUCUGUUUCCAAGCACAGAUUUUAAACCAGUGCCGCUGAAAGCUGGCGAGGAGGAGAACUACAUGUUGGCCUUGAAACAGGAGAUGAGGGGAACAAUGCAGCGGCUGCCGCACAACAUCAAGCCUCAGAGUAAUAAAGCAGAAGUAGAACGAUACACGGAGCGAUACCUGAAGCACAGCCAGGUGCUCAAUGAAGAAUGGACUCCAGACUGGAACCUUUUCCCAAAAGAACUGAUGCCCCAGAAGAAAAAACCCCGGGUUAAAGCAGGAACAAAGAAAACAACGAAGGUGUCACGCAAAGACUCGGAGGACAUAUUGAAUAAAUUAGAUGAACUGGCAAAGAAAGAUGACGGGAACCCUGAAAAAUCUGACGACGAGAAGGAAAAGAAGAAGGAGAAUGAGGAAGAAGAGGAAAUAGAAGGGGAAGAAUACGAUGAAGAGGAUGUUGAAGAGGAAAACGACUAUAUAGAUAACUAUUUUGACAACGGGGAAGAUUUUGCUGCAGGCAGUGACGACAAUAUGGAUGGUGAAGCGACGUACUGAGACAACACAAGACCGUGGAAACCAAGCAAGUGUUGACUGUCGAAGCAAAUUAUCAUUGUGAUUAUUUCUAUUAGUUACAUAUUGUAGAUAAGUUGAAAUUUCUAUUCAGCAGAGUGAUAGUUUAGUUUGCAGUAGUUUUUUUGUGUGUGCGUGUGACUUUUGAGAGGUAGUCUUUCCUUAAUGACUUCUGUAAAUGAGAAAUGCCAAACUAUGUGCACACAGGCAAUAAUUUAUUCAAAAUAGAUUUAUUUAUUAUCUAACCGGUAGCACUUUUCCACAGGUUGAAAGGCACAUACUGUCAACAACACAAACUGCAUAAAAUCAUAAAAUGUCAUAAAAUAUAAACACGGUGAUGAAAUAAAAGGGCUAUAACAAAGUCUAACAUUUCACAUAAUUACAAGUAUGAGUCAUUGUGGGAAUACUGUGCAUUUUCCUCACCAUGCUCUUUAGUUUUUUUAAUGAAUUUUUUUUAACGAAAACAGUAAGUUCAAGAAAGAAAAAUUCAAACAAAUCAUGUGGAAUUUAAUUUAAUUGGUAACUCCCAAUACUGAUAGUGUAGUGAAAUAAAUUAAUUCUGUAUCGAACAUAAUGGCAGCAUUCAUACUUUUCCAACUAAUGGUGUUGGAUGUUUUACAUGGAAACAAGUACAGCUUGACCAAUCUGAGUAAUUCUGUGGAUUUGGUGUUUAAAUAAAAUCCACAGAACUGAUCGUCGUACGUUUUGGUCACUGAUCCAUCGCUGUGGAAACUGUUGGGAGUUUUUCUCUCACGUGGUCUGUGUGGAGCUUCCUGAAAAUGCAGCAGCCCAGAUGACAAAAACAUCCCAGGUUCUCCUGGCUUUGCUGAUGACACAAACUCUGAGAGACAUCGGUUCCAAAAGCGUUCAACCCUUUGUAACGUGUCUGUCAAGAGCGACACAUCUGGCAGAGACAGCUGGAUCUGUUUCCAGCCCGAAGAUGCUGCUUGUUCAAAAGCAUAAGACUGUGGACCGACACAGGGCAUUAUGUGGCCUUUACCCUUAUUUCUGGUCUCUCAACCAUAUAAAAGACUGUCUGAA